AUGUCCAACCGUCUCGUCGCAGCAACAUCUACAACCGGCUUCUUCCAGGAACACCCAAUCGUUCACAAUCAAUACGACGAAGAUGCCAGUCUCCGCCGCGCCUCCGACCUCUUCCUCCCACCCGCGCUCACCGCCAACCUAGCCCCAGGCCUCAAGGCAUGGGGCGACCGCGUCCUCUCCCGCCAAGUGUGGGCCCAUGUAGUCAAUGCCGAGCGUGACCUCCCUCACCUCUCCGGGGCCGGAUUCAGUGCAUUCGGCCAGCCGGUCGGCGACUCGCUCGUCACUUCGGCUGGGUGGCAGGCGUUACAGGACAUUGGCAUUUCCGAGGGUCAAAUCGUCGCCACAGGUAACGAUAAGAGCUAUGGCGCCAACGCGCGCCUGGUCCAACUCCCCCGCUUGCACCUUUGGAGCGGAUCCAGCGCAGUCGUGACUUGUCCCAGCGCGAUGCAAGAUGGCGCGAUUAGUAUUCUCCGCCGCGACCUGGCUAGCGGAUACGUUUCGCCGGCAUACGAUUCGUCGUCUCUCCGCACAGCAAGGACGCAGGUGUUCAAGCGCGCGCUGGAACGCAUGCUCUCCACCGACCCAAAGGUUACAUGGACCUCGGGACAGUGGAUGACGGAACGCGCGGGAGGCUCAGACGUCCAGGGCACGCAGACUGUUGCUGAGAGGGCGUCGUCUGCUGAGGGCGAGACGGACGUCGACGGUCUCCCACUCGGACCAUGGAGCGUGAGCGGAUUCAAGUGGUUCUCAUCGGCGACCGACUGCGGAUGCGUCAUGCUUCUCGCGCAGACCCAGCGCGGCCUGUCCUGCUUCUUCGCACCAACACGUAAACUCGUGGCCGGCCAGCCCGAGAUGAACGGAAUCCGCAUUCAGCGCCUCAAGAACAAACUCGGUACAAAGGCGCUCCCGACGGCCGAGCUCGAGCUGCAGGGUAUGCGCGCCUGGCUUGUUGGCGAGGAGGGGCGCGGCGUGCCCGUCAUCUCGACCAUUCUCAACGUCACCCGAUACUACAACAUUGUGGGAUCGGUCGCUGGUGUCGGCCGCGGCCUUGCCGUCGUCAAGGCCUUUGCUCGCGUCCGCCGAUUCCCCAAGCAAGGACAGGACACGACGCUCUCAAAGAUCCCCCUGUUCAACAAGACCCUGGCGGCCAUUACCCUCCAAUACCGGGCCGACGUGCUUCUCUCCCACCUCACCGCGGCUCUCCUGGGAUCGGUGGACGCCGGGCAUGGUGGCGGACCACUCACCCCCGCGAGCGCCGAGGAAGCCCAGCUUCUCCUGCACAUCAUCACUCCUGUCGCCAAGGCGUAUACGGCCAAGCACGUCGUCUGGGGUCUCCAGGAGUGCAUGGAGAGUCUCGGUGGCGUAGGAUACAUGGAGAAUGUCGAGAACCCUGAACUGAACCUUGCCCGCGCGGUUCGCGACUCGAACGUCAACCCAAUCUGGGAGGGCACGACCAACGUCCUCUCCUCGCACCUAGUCCGCGCGAUCAAGGGACGCGCCGGGGGUGCGAUGGUCCGUGCGGUCGACGCGUGGCUCAAGGACUCGCUGCCGGCGUCGGCCUCGGAUCGUGAGGUCGUGCUGGGUGCAUGGGGACGCUUGCGUGCCGAAUUCGCCAAAUCGGAAGACGAGCUUCUCGCCUAUGGUCGCGAUAUCCUGUGGCGCCAUGGAGACAUUUUCUGCGCUACCCUCCUGCUGGCUGAUGCGGCGCGGGAUUCCGACCCGGUCGCGGUCGAGUGUGCGCGUCGUUUCGUGCGCGAGAAGAAGGAGACGUUUGGCCUCGACAACCACAAGGGCGAUUGGAAGGAGGUGGCCGAGUGGGACGAGCGGAUCGUCUACUUGGGUCACUCUGGCCAAGAUAUUGUUGAUUCCGAGGAGCAUGUCGUUGGGGAACUGGAGCGGCUCCUUGUUGAUUUCGAAAUUGUGCUCAAUGCCAAGGGAGCCGAGAACUCGGACUCGACGGUUUGGGGGGAACGACGCGCUUCGUUCUGGCAGCCAAGGUCUCUGUUUUAG